AUGUGGGGAGGAGGGAAGAAGGGAAUUGAGCCAAAGGAGGAAGAUGAGGAAGACAAGGAGAUAAGUUCCUGCCCGGAAAUUCGAGAAGAGUUUCCAGAAAGAACCCUCAGGGUAAAUCGGGCCUUAGCGAAUCUGGCCGAGGAGGCUCAAAAUUUUAAGCUGGAUCCGAAAGAGAAGGAAAGUAAACCUCACUGUGAGGUACAUCAGGAAGAUCUGAAACUGUUUUGUGAAACUGACAGGAAAUUGAUCUGCUCAAAUUGUGUCGAAGCUCCAGAACACAGAGAGCGUCGCUUCAUCCCGACUGGAAAAGCUAUUAAAAUCUACAAGGAUAAGAUAAAAUCUUCCUUAGAUUCUCUCGCAGAGAAAAAAAUUAUGGUUUUGGAAAUGGAGCUGACCCAGAAACGGAAGAUUUCCGAAGUGAGGGAACAGGCGAGCAGCCUGCAGAUCCACACCACAUCCGAGUUCACUAAAAUGCACCAGAUUCUCACGGAGAAAGAGUAG